AUGAAAAAAUUUGUUACUCAACACUUCUUAAUCAAAAAUGUAUUCUUUCAUCAGCAACGUAUUCGACGUAAUGUUAUAUUUACAACAACAUCAAUAUGGGAUCCAUUUGAUAUAAAUGAAGAAGAAAACGCAUUGUAUGAACAAGAAAGAGAUAGUCAUGGAAUGUCAUUAAAAAAUAUUUUUUUAAUAUGUGGAUCUUGUUGUAUAGUAUUAUUAAUUAUACUUGCUUUUUCAAUGUAUACAACACGAGAACGUAUUCACAAUGAGAAAAGAAUAAUUCAAAUAAAAAGGAAUUCAUCAAUGGUAAGCGAUGCUAAGUCAUCUCAUAGUUCAAAUAAAUCAACAGAUUAA